CAUGCCAGUGAAUGGCAGCUUAAUUAUCCCUUUGAGAUUCAGAUAACACUGGGCUGUGAGUUGGACCCUGGGGGAGCCAUAGGAAGCUUCUAUCGAUUUGCUGAUCAAGGAUCAGAGCUCUUUCACUCCCAAAACAAUUCAUUGUUGCCAUCUCCAAAGGGUGGAACAAGAGCUCAGGAUGUGUACAGGGUAUUCAAUGAGAACCAUGUCACCAAGUAUAUAGUACAGAGGAUUCUCAGUGACACCUGCCCACGCUUACUCUUGAGUAUUCUUGAUGCAGGGAAGGCAGAUCUCCAGAGACAAGUAAAACCAGAGGCCUGGCUGUCCACUGGCCCCAAUCCUGGUCCUGGCCGUCAGAUGCUGGUUUGCCAUGUCUCUGGCUUCCAUCCAAAGCCAAUUUGGGUAAAGUGGAUGCGAGGUGAACAGGUACAACAGGGCACUCAACAAAGUGGUAUCUUGCCCAAUGCUGAUGGCACAUGGUACCUUCAGGUUUUCUUGGAGGUGGAAGCCACUGAGACAUCUGGCCUGUAUUGCCGGGUGAGACAUAGCAGCCUAGGAGGCCAGGACAUCCUCCUCUACUUGGAACAUCAUCAAGGCUCCGUGAGCUUGAUCAUCUUGGCAGUGAUGGUGCCCCUGGUGCUUCUGACAGCUCUUGCAUUUUGGCUUAGGAAGCGCUG